UCCUUCACCGGUGAGGUUCUCCCCUCGAUAGCUUCCCCCGCGCUCCUUAGUCCCUAGCUCGCUCCAUCUCUCGAGUAUCUUCUUUUUUCUUUCGGUUCUUGACUGGUUGGGGCCUUGCGUGCGCAGGAAUCUCGAUCUGCAGAUAUGGCGACGAAGAAGAGCGUCGGAUCUCUCCAGGAGUCCGAUUUGAAAGGCAAGAGGGUGUUCGUCAGGGUCGAUCUCAACGUCCCCCUCGACGACUCCUUCCACAUCACCGACGACACCCGGGUUCGCGCCGCUGUUCCCACCAUCAAGUUCUUGAUGGGUCACGGCGCUAUCGUCAUCCUCGCCUCUCACUUGGGACGUCCCAAGGGUGUUAUGCCCAAGUAUAGCUUGAAGCCCCUUGUGCCGAGGCUAUCUGAGCUCCUUGGAGUGGAGGUUAAGAUGGCGAACGGCUGUGUCGGGGAGGAAGUUGUACAACUGGUUGCUGCGACGCCGGAAGGAGGAGUUAUCCUCCUUGAGAAUGUUAGGUUUCAUAAGGAGGAGGAGAAAAAUGAUCCAGAGUUUGCAAAGAAGCUCGCUUCUCUCGCAGAUGUUUAUGUUAACGAUGCAUUCGGCACUGCUCACAGAGCCCAUGCUUCCACAGAAGGUGUCGCCAAGUAUCUGAAGCCCGCCGUUGCUGGGUUCCUUAUGCAGAAGGAACUGGAUUAUCUUGUCGGGGCCGUGGCAAAUCCAAAGAAGCCUUUUGCCGCUAUUGUUGGCGGAUCAAAGGUUUCAACUAAAAUUGGAGUGAUGGAGUCGCUUCUGGGAAAGGUUGACGUGCUCUUGCUUGGUGGAGGAAUGAUUUUCACUUUCUACAAGGCCCAAGGUUAUUCUGUUGGUUCAUCCCUCGUGGAGGAAGACAAGCUUGACCUUGCAACUUCACUUCUUGAGAAGGCCAAGUCCAAGGGCGUGUCUUUGCUCCUUCCUACUGACGUGGUUAUUGCUGACAAGUUUGCUGCUGAUGCUAAUAGCAAGAUUGUCCCAGCAUCUUGUAUUCCGGAUGGUUGGAUGGGUUUGGAUAUUGGUCCUGAUUCCAUCAAGACAUUCAGUGAAGCUUUGGAGACGACCAAAACCAUCAUCUGGAAUGGACCGAUGGGUGUGUUUGAGUUCGAAAAGUUUGCUGCGGGAACAGAGGCAAUAGCAAAGAAGCUAGCGGAUCUCAGCGGGAAGGGGGUUACUACAAUCAUCGGAGGUGGUGAUUCCGUUGCGGCUGUGGAGAAGGCUGGGCUGGCCGACAAGAUGAGCCACAUCUCAACUGGAGGUGGUGCCAGCCUGGAGCUUCUUGAGGGAAAAACACUUCCCGGAGUUCUUGCACUAGAUGACGCUUGAGCUCAAAGUUUUUCCCCCAUCCCCAUGCCAUCUCGUAAUUUUGGUAGUGCUUCUUCGUAUGCUGGUUUAUAACCAGGAUGUUAAAACCACAUCAGAGCUCCUGCUGUCAAUGGACUCAGAAUAUAAUAAGCAAAUUUUGUUGGGCAAA